GUGGGUUUCUUGUUUUGUGUUUUUUUUUUGUUUUUUGUUUUUUUGCGUUUUAGAGUUUCUCUUCCCGCUGAAGAUGUCGUGCCUUUUACUGGGAGUUCUUCGGAGACAGGGCAGUGUUGGAGUUCGGUCCUUGGUCUCCAUCCCUUCACUGCCUCCAACGGUAGCUGAGUUUGUCAUGGGAGCAGUGGUGGAGUGCAACCCCAGUAAUGUCCAUGUGGUGACAGGAACAAAGGAAGAAAAUGCCAACAUCCUGGCGGGCAUGGAGAUGGAAGGGAUGGUCAAGAAGCUUCCCAAAUACGAUAACUGCUGGUUGGCACGUACGGACCCCAAGGAUGUGGCUCGAGUGGAGAGUAAGACAGUGAUUGUUACCAAGAAUCACAGGGACACUGUUCCCAUCCCAGCAGAAGGCGUGAAGAGCCAACUGGGCAACUGGAUGAGCGAGACAGACUGGACAAAGGCGAGGCAGGAACGCUUCCCUGGCUGCAUGGCAGGUCGGACUAUGUAUGUGAUUCCCUUCAGCAUGGGUCCUGUAGAAUCCAGUCUGGCUAAAUAUGGAGUCCAGGUGACGGAUUCACCUUAUGUUGUGGCCAGCAUGAGGAUCAUGACUCAUAUGGGCACACCGGUCCUGAACAAACUAGCUGAAGGGGCGGAGUUUGUCCGCUGCCAGCACUCUGUGGGGCGGCCUUUACCACUCACAGCCCCUGUGGUGAACUCAUGGCCCUGUAACCCAGACAAGGUCUUGAUAGCUCAUCUGCCAGACACCAGGCAGAUUCUGUCCUUUGGCAGUGGCUACGGAGGAAACUCUCUCUUGGGAAAGAAGUGCUUUGCCCUCCGCAUUGCCUCUCGAAUAGCAAAAGAUGAAGGAUGGCUGGCGGAGCACAUGCUGAUCCUGGGAAUCACGAACCCUCAGGGAGUGAAGCGUUACAUAGUGGCAGCCUUUCCCAGCGCCUGUGGUAAAACAAACUUGGCCAUGAUGAAACCUGCUCUACCUGGCUGGAAGGUUGAGUGUGUAGGAGACGACAUUGCAUGGAUGAAGUUUGACAGCCAAGGUAAACUGAGGGCCAUCAACCCAGAGAACGGUUUCUUCGGUGUGGCCCCGGGCACUUCAGACAAGACCAAUCCCUAUGCCAUGGCCACUAUCGCCAAAAACACUAUGUUCACCAAUGUCGGUGAGACCAGUGAUGGAGGGGUGUGGUGGGAAGGCCUCGACCCCCCUCCAGCUGGAGUCACCCUCACAGAUUGGCAUGGAAAAACCUGGAAUCAAGGAAGCAUGACUCCAUGUGCCCACCCCAACUCCCGCUUCUGCACCCCCGCAUCUCAGUGUCCAAUCAUUGACCCGCAGUGGGAGAGUGAGGAGGGUGUUCCCAUUGACGCCAUUGUCUUUGGUGGCAGGAGACCAGAAGGAGUUCCUCUUGUCUACGAGACUUUCAACUGGCGUCACGGCGUGUUUGUUGGAGCUGCGAUGAGAUCUGAGGCCACAGCAGCUGCUGAGCAUAAAGGAAAGGUGAUUUUGCAUGACCCCUUCGCCAUGCGGCCAUUUUUCGGUUAUAACUUUGGUGAUUACCUUGCUCAUUGGCUGAGCAUGGAGAACCGAAAGGCCCCCACACAACUACCCAAGAUCUUCCAUGUCAACUGGUUCAGAAAGGACCCUGCAACCGGCACCUUCCUCUGGCCUGGCUUUGGUGAAAAUGCCCGCGUGCUAGAGUGGAUCUUCAAGAGAUGCAACCGAGAGAGGGAAGAUGAGGCAGCCAGGAAGAGUAUCAUUGGUUGGCUGCCACAAAAUGGUGCCAUCAAUACUGAGGGUCUUAGCAGUAAAGUGGAUAUGGGCGCCCUGUUUGACGUGCCCAAGCCUUUCUGGCAGAAAGAAAGCCAGGAGUUGAGAACCUACUUUACUCAGCAAGUUGGAGCCGAUCUUCCUGCACAGGUGGCGGCGGAGCUGCAGGCAUUGGAGGGGAGGGUGCAAGAUUAAAACCCAGCUGACACCCACAGGGAGUCACUGACAACACAGGAUGGAGAUAGAAUCAUAGACAAUCGGAAUGUUUACAUUUAUGGGGGGAUUUCAGUUUUGAAGGAGGUUAGUAGGAUGUCUGUGCGUGAAAACAGUGAUGACUUUCUCUUUUAUUGAGAGAAAUCAUCUAGGAAUGAAAUUAUGGAGCUAGGAUUGGGGGCUCGGCAUGUCAAAUCUACCUUUUGGACAGUAAAAAAAUAAUGCUGCAUACCUGAGAGCCAGGUGUUAUUGGUGAAACUAUCUCAUAAAGGGAUCCAAUGCCAUCUUGCCUUCAUUCACCAGACCGUUACAGGGCUGGAACACAACCGCUGUGGCCUCAUCAUGCCUAAAAGCUGCUUCGCCUUACCUCCAGUCCUAAUGUUUACACGCUGAAGCUCAGAUAUUUUUUAGCAAAAGAGUGACAGUCAUUAAAACUUUAAUUAUUUUAUUCUUAAAAUGUUUUAAGCUGUUUUACUGACUGAUUUUACUCUUGAUUAACUUUAUUAUAAGUGGACCUUAAUAUUGGAUAACUGUUUAUCAGGCAUCCUCUAACUACUCAAAGUGGUUUAUACAAUUGUCAGUGGGGAUGAUAAUUACAAUGGAUAAUUCAUUCUGAGUUUCGUCGUAUUUGUACUAGUUUGAUUUCCAGUCAGGCUUAUACACAAAAUAUGUGAAAUGUUGGACCAACAUAGAUUCUAUGAUAUUUUAAGAAGUACCAUACCAAAGUUUUUAUUAAAAUGCAAUGAAUAAAUGUCUUCAAACUACAU